AUGCCAGACGCUUCAGUUACAGCAACAAUGAGAUUGAAAAAAGAUUAUCAGAGACUACUAAAGUGAGUUAUUUAAAUAUUUUUUUAAAGCAGAAAGUGAAUGUAAAUUAUCUUCAGAGAGCCAGUUCCAUUUAUGCAAGCCGCUCCCCUUGAUUCAAAUAUUCUCGAAUGGAGAUACAUUAUCUAUGGAGCGCCAAAAACUCCAUACGAAGGUGGAAUUUAUCAUGGGAAAUUGGUGUUUCCCAAAGAUUUUCCCUUCAAACCACCAUCGAUUUAUAUGAUAACACCGUCUGGAAGAUUUCAAACCAAUACACGAUUAUGUCUUUCGAUUUCGGAUUAUCAUCCGGAUACGUGGAAUCCAGCGUGGACGGUGAGACAUUUUUGAAAAUGUUUCUUUGUUGGUAGAUCCUUAAAAUUGAAUCCCAUUUCUUAACCUUCUCCCAAUAAAACUAUUUCCAGGUAUCCACAAUCAUCACCGGAUUAAUGUCCUUCAUGAAUGAUAAUCAACCAACAUUAGGAAGUAUUAGUACAAGCGAGGAAGAGCGAAGAAUUCUAGCAUUGCGAAGUAAGGGCUUCAAUCUACGCGACAAAACAUUCUGCACUGUGUUCGCUGAAGAAGCUGAAAAAAUCAAGAAAGAAUUGGCAGAAAUGAGUAGUACAGAAGAAGCGAGUAUUAGAGAACAGGAAGAAAAAGCCAAAUUGAAGUGAGUCUUGUGAUUGUCACAAAAUGUGUUGUGUUUUCCUGUCUUGAUGUGCUUUCUUGUGUUCUUGUGCUGGCCUUUUUAUGUUCUAACAAUGUUUCAGUGUGCUUAACGUUAUCUCUGGAAAUCUGUUAAUUAGGUUUUUCAAAUUCAGGAAACAAGAAAGCUCAUCAGGAAUCAGUUCACUGGUUUCCAAUCUAAUGGUGCUUGCAGGCGUGGUCAUACUUGCAUUUGCAGUUAAAUAUGUUAUUCAAUCAGCCGCCGAACAAGAAUAUCACUAG